AUGGCCUCUAUUGGUAGCGAUAUUCGACGGGCCAGCGUUCACACGAUGAACUCGGCUGGUCGGUCAAAAAUCGCUAUUCUUGUCGUCUUCCUGGCGUGCUCAAUUUUCGACAUCGUCUGCGCGGUAAUCUGCUACCUUCACAAAGAGUAUCAUACUAUGAUCAUCCUUUUGGUGAUUUUUGUGAUCUUCUUCACGAUGGCUAUCGUGUGCCUCUGUGUCUCGUCUUCGAAUAGAAGAGUCAAGUAUCGUACCCAACGUCGUCCGCCUCCGUACCAAUUCCGUACCAUCAGACAUGGCGCAGGCUCCGUGUUUACAUUGACACCAUCGAUGAUGUACAACGGUGGUAUGCCUCCAUUGCCGAGUAUGAGACCUCCGAAUUACAAUGAGAGCGCUGAAAUUGAGAAUGACCGCAUCACCAACAACUCGAAUGCCCCACCGGCUUAUGAGCAAACCAAUCCGGACAAUCGCAAUAUUGCUAGCUUCUCACCGCCGCCGCAUUACAUGCCGAGAAAUGCCCGCCAGCGUUCCACGCAAGAGCUCUCCAUUAUCAUGGAUGGAGAGGAUACCGAAAUGCCAGCCGCCAUUCGCGAGACGCCAAGACGUCGCCGAAGCACAUCGCGCCCAAGAAACUUGACGCGUCUCUUCCUCAACCGCUUCGACGCGAGAAGCUCCAGCGCAUCGUCUCCUCAGUUGACAUCAGUGGUUUCAUUUGACCCUUCUGCUCCAUCGGCCGUCUCUGUGCCAGCGGAAUCUUCAGCUCCAUUGGAAACUUCAAUACCAUCGGCCUCUUCGGUUUCUUCGGAAUCGUUGGCCUCAUCAGUCUCCUCGGCUCCUACACAUUCAUCUGGAUUACCGGCGCCGAUUGCUUCAUCGGGAGCUUCGACUCCUGCCGCCUCAUCUGCAUUGAUCAACACAGUUUUUCGAUCGUCUUCCUCCGUCAGACUGGCAGCGAUUGCCUCAUCUGACUUAUCCGGCUCAGUCAAGUUGUCCUCUCGAACCAGAUCAUCCGCCUCAUACAGCUCCGCUGGUCCGCUUACCAGUGGAGCCUCAUGCACCUUCAUUGAUUGUACAAGAGCCGAGCCAACUCAUUUCACUGUCAGUGAGAUUUCCCAAAAUGGUGGCUUAUGGGAGAGCACCAGAACCGUUCGCUACGACUCGUCCGAUUACGACAUGUACCGCAAGAGAAGAGAUCAGAACGUUUGGAAUCAUCGCUUCUAA